AUGACCGUCUCGAAGGACCUCAAUUUCUGUUUCCCAGUGCGGGAGUUAUCGAAUGAACGUGUCAAGAUGACUCCCUUCGAGGCAUCGAUCCAUUCGUCUUCGUUUUUCUCCGCCACAUCAGCUCACCCGGAGCUGUGGGCACACAUGCCUACUGGCCCAUUCCAAACCGUACAAGAUUUUGAUACCAAUUUCCUCGAGGCCGUAGUCCAUCGUGAUCUAGGAAUGGUAUUAUUUGCCAUCAUAGAUAAAACAAAACCACCCUCGGCUGCAGACGGGGAAGGUGAACUGGCUGGGAUGAUGUCUUAUACGGGCUCUUCUUCUGUGAAUCUAAGCACAGAAAUAGGAUAUAUCAUCAUCCUUCCCUCAUAUCAAAGGACGCAUGUCAAUUCCAAUGCUGUUGGGCUUCUUUUGCAGUACGCACUGGAAGUGCCAUCGCAAGGCGGUCUGGGGUUGCGAAGGGUUCAGUGGCAAUGCAGCUCCAUGAACGCCCCUUCCAUUCGUGCUGCCGAGAGGCUGGGCUUCAAGAAGGAGGGGAUUAUGAAAUGGCAUCGUGUAUAUCGUGGAGGCAAGGAGAGAGGCAAAGUACAUAAUGGUCGUGAGUUGCCUCAGGGCGAUCUUGAAGAACAAGAUUAUGGAAGGGAUACCGUUAUUCUUGGUUAUUGUUGGGAUGAUUGGGAGCAAGGAGGGAGAGAGAAGAUACAAUCAAUAAUGGACAGACAGCAUGUAAGUUACUGGGCUUUCUCAACGGUGCGGCCAUUUGAUGGCUAUAACUCAUGA